AGCAAUCUCACAAAAAAAAAAAGAACGUCUCUAUGUGAUGCUGUUUCCCGAUGGCAAUGAAAGCGCGUAGACUGUUCAAAUGGGAGAUGAGUCUGGACAUGAAGGAUUAGACGCUGAAUAUUCUUUAAGAAACACAGGUGCAAUGGCUUUGCCGAGAAGAAAACUUUAUCGGUGGUUGAAGUGUCUCGCAGCUUGUUUUCUCCUCGCAGUUGUUUUGAUUUUUGUAAGACUCUUCUACGUUAGACAGAUGCUUGGGUUUUCUAUCUUCGCUGACUUCACAUCUCUAGCAUAUCGCAACGGGGACCAUGAGAUAGAGUAUCGUGCCACAAAAAGGUUGCUAAUAUUUUCCGACAAUGUAUCUGGAAAAUCGCUGUCGAUAAAUUCAGUUGGUGAAAACUUGACCGCUAAGGAUAUCAAGAUGAAGGCAUGCGAGGAAAUGACUCAUAAACCGAUGAAUAAGUCAAUGGAAGACGGAAUUUCAGUAGGACGCAAAACGAAUCAUAAGAGUUUGUGUCUGGAGUGGAAGAACGAUGUGCAGCUUGAAGUGAGCGAAUCUGAGAUUGCCAGCAGCGCGUGCUACACAGUCAUGUGGUCAACACCCAAGAUAUUCAAUAAACUAGAGAACUGCAUUCGCCUGCAAGGUACCCACUGGUACGGGGGUUCAUCGUUAUACGAGCAGCAGUGGCCGCUUGAGGAUGUGUCAGUUCCUAUGCAGCCAUUUAUCCCAUCUCGACUGGAUACAUCUGCACAGUCUGCAGGAAACGAAAAAUAUGGCCCUGUGUUGGAAAGAUUCUGGUUUAACUCAGAAGGCUUUGCAGUUGUGGUUGAUAAAACUGUUCCUCUCCACGUUUCUGUCAGUGCUGCAGGAGACCAACAGCUGUGUCUCAGGGCCCAGUAUGAUGGCUCUGUUUACAAAGCUGAGCAUAACAAGCCACUUGUUCUCAAAUACACAGUUUGCAAAGGAAGAACUGCAAAGCAUGUACACCAGAUUAUAAUGACCAAGUUUCUUCAUUUGCCAAAGAUUCAGCCAGAUGAAAGUCUGCUUCAAGAUCCAGUGUGGUCAACACGUGGUGUAAAUCUCCAGAAUCUGACUCAGUCACAAGUGUUGUCACUCCAGCAAGACAUAACUACAUAUAAGUUGCCAUGCAGUCGUUUGCUCAUUGUGGGUAACUACACUCGGAAAGUGGGCAGCCUGUUCUUUGACUUUGACCGUUUCCCAAAUGCACAUCAGAUGGUCAGUGAGAUGAGGACAGCAGGUUUUAAUAUCAGUACAAGUGUCUUGCCUUGCAUACAGAUUGAAGACACCAACUUGGCUUACAAAGAAGGUGAAAUGAUGGGUGUUUUCAUCCAAACUACUGACAGCAAGGUCCUGGAAGGAAAAUUGGGAAACAAGACAUGUGCAUUGAUUGACUUUACUAACUCUGCAGCCAAAAGGUGGAUGGAAAGCAGAUUGCAUCACUUCAAAUUGGAGGCUUUCGUACAGUCUUUUUACUUUGAUUCAGCUGACAUUGGCAGUCUGUUGCCAAAUCCCAGCGAUUACAUCAGCCACUACAUGGAUGUUGUUCACUCGCUUGGAGACAGAUAUGCCGUGGUCAAUGUUGGGCAUGGUACCCAGCACCUAGGACUGAUGCUUGAUGUGGGUGCUCGCCUCUCUUCCUGGGAUCACAAGCAUGGGCUUAAGAGCAUCAUUCCCACUGUUCUGACCCUGGGCCUGCUGGGAUACGCUUUUCUUCUGAUUGGCCCAGUGGGAGGCACAACAACAGUGUAUAAUCACACAUCAAAUGCCGUGGUCUUGCCUGACCGUGAACUUUACAUUCGGUGGAUGCAGCUUGCAUCUUUUUUGCCUGGACUAGAGAUUUCAGUGGGGCCAUGGCAAUAUGACAAGCAGGUAACUGACAUGACACUGGACCUGCUGUCUCAGAGAAGAGACCGCAUUGUCAGUGUUCUUCAGGGAGCAGCAAAGGAACAUAUCAUUACAGGUGCACCAUUGGUACGACCGUUGUGGUGGAUAGCUGAAGAAGAUGAGACAGCUCAGCGCAUUGAUUGUGAGUUUCUUGUGGGAGACAGGAUACUUGUGGCACCUGUCCUAGAUAAAGGUGCACGCAGUCGUGAUGUCUACCUGCCUAAUGUUGGCACUACUCAGUGGCAUGAUGAACUCCAUGGGAAAGUAUUUAAAGGAGGUCAGUGGCUUCAUGAUUACCCUGUUAGUUUGUAUCAGGUGGCUACUUUUGUGACUGUUUGAAAUAUUGCAUCACUGGUGGUGUGAACAUGCUAAACAAAGGCUCCGAAGUGAUAAAAGACCAUUACUGAAUGCAGGCACUGCUCUAGGCUCGUGGCGGCCCUGGGCAGAGAAAGAAUUGGUUCCCCUUCGCCUGCCAGUGUCAAUAAAACCAUGAUAUUCUCAUUAUGGCAGAACGUUAUAAUACUACAUAUAGCUUACUUCUCCAAAUGUUUUUCAGCCACAUUGCCGCUGUGUUAUUAUUUUCUCAUUCUGUUUUAUAUUCAAUAUAUAAUGGUAUAGUAGCCCCUGGGAUUUGGUGGCCCUGUGCAGGUGCACAGUUGCACAUGCCUAAGGGCACCUCAGCUGGAUGGAUGGCAGAUGGUUAACAAGGGCCAAAUGCUUCUUCAUGAAAGACCAGACCUCAUUUAAGACAGAUAAGAAUAAUUUGACCAAAAUGGGGAGUUAAGAUGCACAUUGGUGCUAGCUCAUCUUGUUUUGCUGAUUGCUUUCAUCUACUACCUUUACCUCCCUCCUACAGAUUGAACCAUUCUUUCUAGGUAGUAUAAGUUUGGCCCUUAAAUUCAGCUAUAAUGUAUUUUUGGAGGACAAAAUGUAUUUGGGCAUUUACAGUAAUACUCAGAUUUGUAUAUGUCAGUACUCUCUUUGAUAAAAUGUGAGCUUGGAGACAACAAAGUUUUGUCUGUUCAACAAAACUGUUGAUUUGGUGCUUGAAAAGUAUUUUUAUAAAAAUUUUCUUUCACUUUAUUUUUGCUCAUAUGAGUGGUUGAUGGAGAGAAAGAGAUUCUUUUUUUAAAAUUUGGUUUCUAAGUUAAUGGUUUGGUAUGAUAAUCUGUCUUGUAUGUUGUGUCUAAAUAAAGAUUAAUAUGUAUAUUUGGAGGAAGAAAUUUUGAAAAUCCUCAGAACUGUGAUGUUAGUGUUUUGGAAUACUUUUCCAGCCACAUCUUCUGUGAAAAGGUUCAAAUAAGACCAAGACUCUAUUGUAAUGGUGAGAAGUACUCCAGGUGAAAAGCAUUCCUAACACACCGGUACACAGGGUAUUUACUGUUGAUGUGUGGGACAUGCUAUGUUAUUUGAAUGUAUUUAUUUAAUGUUUAUUUUUUAUAGUCUAAAUCAAAUGUGGAAUCUUUCAUGGUGUGGUGAUUAACUAUUAUAAAACAUCAUCAGUUAACCAUGCCUACAUAUCCUUUUUGUCAUUUACUGAUAUAAAAUUUUGCUUUUUUAAAUUUCAUUUGAUAAGUAAAAUUAUUCCACUGUUCAUAUUUGCUCCAUCUGAUUGUAUUUUGCCAGAUGGACAUUUUGUUUUAAAUUAAAACUUUAUGUGCGAAAGUUGACAAAAGGUUAACAAUUUUUAUUUAUAAUUUCACUAAAGUAAUUAGGGCAAUAUUGCAUUUUUAUAUAAUGAUAAUAAUUAUAGUUGAUAUGACUGAUGGUGUUUGAAGAGUGGAAAACUGCUUGCUCUUUCGUUUUAUUGUAACUAUUGUACAUGUUGAAUAGACACAGAUAUACAUCCACUGCUGCUUUAGAUUUUUCUUACUUGUAGUUCAUUGUUGCCGUCUGCUUGAUAGUCUUAUAAAUGUUGCAUUGGUAAUCACAUCACCUCUAAAGCAUGUUUAACUGAAGAUGUAAACUAUCUCCAGUUUUCUUUUCAGCUAUAUUGGUUCUUUAUGUCACACAUUUGUGGUGUCAUUUACUGUGCUGCCUACCUUUUGUAUUAACUAUGUUAUUAAAUUCUCAAGCAGUUCUUUCUAUGGGCCACCACACCCAAGAGGCCAUUGUCAUGUCAAUGAAAUCUGAAAAGAUGGAGACAGAGAAAUCAGUAAAUUAAAAAUCAGACAUUUAAAAGUUUCAGCAAACUGUCAGGGUUGAGAUAUUUCUGAUCUCAAUCUGCUUUGAAAAGCAGGAAAAUAACAAGGUCAUGUUCCUCAUGUUCUGAAAAGGAAGCUAUUGUAAGCCAUGUUAUAAUGGAAGUCAUUGAUGUAAUAGCUGUAUAGAUGAUGAUGGUGAUUGACAGGUUGGUCACUAGCUAUCUUCAUUCACACAUGCACAGGGGAACAUGCACACAUACAUUGAAAUCUCACUUGGCUUCCAUUCUCGGCUGAAAAGUUAAAAAAAAAAAAAAGACAUUGACAGUUACAUCUGUAUUCACCUCAAUAUUUCCCUGUACAUGGUAGGCAGUAUUCUGAAGACCUAUACAACCUACUGCAGCUAAACAGUAUAGCAUUUUGACACCACAACAUUCUAUGGCAAAUUUAAAUGCAGCUGAUUGAAUAUUCAUGAUGAUAGGAAUCAGUAAUUUUCCAUGUUUUCAAAGUAUUUUCUUGGAGCAGAUAUUUUUUCACUUGUUAAAUAUUUAAAUAGAUUGUGUGUGCUUCUUAGGUCUUGAACAAUAGAUAAAACAGUUUGCUCACUAUACUGUUGGUGUUUAGUGAAUAAGAAUUUGUAUAGUAAGCUGAGUUUUUUAAAGGAACAUGACAUCUUAUUGCCUUAUAAGCUGCAUUCAUAUUCACCUGUCAAGACUACAGCAUAAUUUUUUUGCUUUUUUUUUUUUGGUCACUUUUUCUAAAAAAUUGUUUAUAGGGAAUCCACUCUAAUUUGUAUUAAAAAUGUAAUGCAAAAACUAAUAAAGAUACAUAGCUGCAGUAAGAGAGCAGCUUAGUUAUGACUUGAUCCUGUUGAGAAGGUUUGAUGUCUAAGCCGUCUUCUUAUAUGUUGCUGAGAGAGGGGAGUGGGGGAAUCAGUGUUUUAUGCCAAGCCAGAAACUGAGGUUAUAUCACAUAAUGUAGCCAGUCCUGUAAACAGAUGCCAUAUACAGAGAAAGAACAGCCUGCCCGAGAUGAGAACUGAACCCAGGACAGCCAAUCUUCUAUGUUUUGGUGACAGGUGCUAACCGUAGCCCACCAGACAGCCCUGUGGAGGGGCAUGGUGAUGUGGAGAGGUCUUAGCAUGACACUCCAGUGUAUCUGCUCUUGUGACAGCCAUAAAGGAGUUAAGACCUUAUCAUUGCUACACCAUGUGUAUGUUACACAAGUGGCCAUGUAGCUUUGGACAUUGUAAUUAGUAUUUGAAAUGUUAGCUUUGUUAGCCUUCUAUUGAGCAUGGACAGAAACAGCAAAUGAUUGUUUUCUUUGAUAUGAAAUAUUUCUAAGUUUCAUCGUUACAUUGCUGACUAUAACUUGUCAGACUAUAACUCCAUGUAUAUUACUUAGAAAACUUGCUAACAACAUCAAAACAUCUAAAAACUGUUUCUUUUAACUUAAUUACUUUGAGGUUUAAAAGAUCAUUAUACCAAGUUUUUAAUAUGGGAUUUUAAUAAACUACAGGCUUUCAUUACA